AUGGAGCAGGGCCCGGCGCGGCCGCUGGCGCGCAUAAUGUCAGACGGGCGACAUCAAAGAACGCGCGCGCCUCGCGUUGCAAGGCCGGCGCCCGCUUUGAUAAGAAGCGCCUGUUGGGUGGCGGCGGGCGGGCGGGCGGGCGGGUGCGUGGGGGCGCGUAUAAGUGGCGUUCGCGAGGCGGCUCGCGCCAUUCACACGCGAGUGCGCUGGCGGUGCGUCCGCCGUCGCAGAGGCAGCAGCAGACGGCAGCAGCGGCGUGGGCGACGCGAGGCGAGGAGGGGCCAUAGGGCAGAGGUCGGCCGGCUGAAGCCGCGCGCAGGAGACGUUCGUCCCGUGGCGUCCCGUCCGCCCGCGGGCGGUGGCCGGGGAGGAGGAGGAGGAGAAGCAGGAGGAGGCAGUAUGCGCGCCGCAGUCGCGGCCGCCAUGUCCACCUUCCUGUACACGCUGCUGGGGCUGGCGGCGGGGUCGUCGCUGCACUGCGCCGAGCGGAGGGACAUCUCGCCCUGCUCGUGCCGCGCGCAGGAGCCCGGCCAGCCGCUCAAGGUGGCGUGCGAGCGCGUGGCGGGGCUGAGUGCAGUGUUGGCGGCGCUGGCAGGCCGCUUCCCACCGGAGACGGAGGUGGCGCUCCGGGUGGCGUAUUCGGAACUUCACGACCUCCCGGCGCACACCUUCCAGCAGCUAGGACUCUCAAUCCACACCCUCAUGCUCAACCACGACAAUUUAAGCGCGCUGCCGGAGGAGGCCUUCUCGGGGCUGGGGCGCACGGAGUACUUGAGCCUGGCGGACAACGUGCUGACGCUGGUGCCGCGCGCCGCGCUGCGCCACAUGCCGCGCCUGCGCACGCUCGACCUGGGCCGCGGCGCCGUCGCCGCGCUCCACCACGGAGACCUCCAGGAGCUGGAGGCGCUGGAGGAGCUGCAGCUGGGCCACAACCGGCUGCGCGAGCUCAACGGGUCGCUGCUGCCGCUGCGCGCGCUGCGCUGCCUCAACCUCACGCACAACCGCUUCGAGCGCUUCUCGCUGCGCGAGAUUCUGGGGCUGCGCCGGCUCUUCGUCAUCGACCUGUCGGCCAACAACAUCAGCGCGCUGGCCGGCCACGUGGCGCAGAACGUGGUGGACGCCGAGACGCGCGUGGUGGAGCUGCGCCUCGAGCACAACCGCCUGCGCGCGCUCGACGGCGCGCUCAUGGGGCUGCACGGCCUGCAGCGCCUCAACCUCAGCCACAACCUGCUCGAGCAGAUCAUGCCCGACGACCUCAUCGGCCUCGAGGGCCUGCGCGUGCUCGACAUCUCCUUCAACCGGCUCAAGACGCUCGAGGAGACCUCCAAGACUUUUCUCCCAUCUUUGGAAGGUCUAUUUGCAUCCAACAAUCUAUUGACAUCAUUGCAGCAAGAUUUUCACGGCUUGCCGACUUUAUGUUGGGCUGAUCUAGCCAAUAACCAGAUCGAGACCAUUGGUCGCGAAUUAGCUGCUAAAACAAGAUGCCGCAUCCAUGGAGUUCUGGGCACUCUCAGAAUAUAUUUGUACGAAAACCCCGUGCGUUGUGACACCAACUUAAUCGAGACAGUUGUGGCAAUGGAAGCGAACUUCACCAAAUUGUAUGGCCUCGCACCAUGUGUUGCGGAGAACCUGACUACUUCAGUUGCCGCUUAGAAGAGGAUGAGGAUAUGUGACAACACAUCUCACGCAAAUGCAGACACAGGAAUUACACACAAAUCUUACUAAUUGUUCUGUUUACGCCACAGUAUUGUGAAACAGAUUCAUGAUGAUCAAAUCUUACGAACACAUUUUUAUUGACUAGAGAUUUCUCAUACAGAGACUUCCAUUUUCUGUAGUGAAUUUUGCUGUGGAGUACGAAGGGGUAUUAGUAAGGUAUGUUACGAUAGUAGCUUAAGUUGAAGUAUAAUGAGGCAUCCAAAAAUAUUAGUAUAAUAUCCUUUCCAUGAACAUUAUUGUUUAAUAAUGAAAUUGUGUGGGAAACUUACCUUGCGACAGAAUUGUUUAGCAAAUUAAAGAUAUACAACGCCUCGUUUAUGAAACCCAUAUUAUGUGUCAUUUUGUAUCAUCAAGUGAUCACAAGAAUUUUAAAUUGGAACUAGGAAAAAGUUUUGUUUUUCAUGACAAAUAGUGAGGUAUUCUCUUAAAUAUGUUAUUAGUCCAGUUUAUCACUUGCCACCAAAUGCUUGUUUCUUAUUGUAGAAACGCAAAGCGAAUAGUACGCUAGUAAAGCACGUCAAGUGUGCUUGUAAGACGCACGGGUGCUGGACGCGUGCCAAAGCCUGAGGCCCCGCCAAGGCCAUAGCCAAGUGCUUGUCGCAUGCGACAGAUGAGGUCGGGAGAAGGAAAUGUCUGGAAGCAGACAUUCAGGUGCUCGGUGGUGUCUGUCAACUUGUCGCAAGAAGCUCUUGUGGUGCCUUCGGUGACGCAAGAGGUGUUCAGAUGAAAGUGAUCUCGCCUCCAUUCAAGGACGAGCAUCAAGCGCGGACCCUUCCAACGCAUUGUAGGUACGCUUAUCAAGGCAGUUUGGUCAACCACUUGUCGUUUUCAUAAAAUAAUGAUAAAUGGGAGCAAAACUCAUUUUAUUCUGGUCGUAAUAAAAAAUAAACAAUUUGUGGCUUUAGAUAAUAUAAAUAUGAUACUAUAAAAUCAAGUCAUUCACAUUAUUUUUGUCCCAAACUGGCUGAUAUUUCCAAAAUAAAAGGUUUAGUAGACGUUUUAGCUUAAUUGUUCAUCGCUAGACUGAUUAAUUUUGCCACCAUUGGGUAUCCGUUCUCUAGUUUGAGAAACAAUUUUUAUUAGUGUGAUAUUGAGCAUUUCUCGAUUUCACAAAACCGUAUCCGUGCGUACAUUCCCGAAACUUAAUUCUUUCUUCUCCGUUUAAAAAAAUAUACUACUGAUUGUAUGAAGAAGGGUUUUUAUUUUUGUUUUAAAUAAAAUUUUGUUCCGUUGAAAUCGUUGGAACGGCCAUUCUACUUUGAUAGGCUUGGAUCAUUAGGCAAAAUUAUUUAAAUUACUUCCGAAAAAAUACAAUUAAACUACGUUUCGAUUUUGUUCAGUUUUGUCCCGGACCAAAUGUGGAGGAUGCAAGAUUCACCUCAAUCGUGCCUUAGCGACGUUUCUCAGGUUGCCCGGAAAGGAAAUUAAUGUAAUCCUUGGGGAAGAAGCAACCGAGGAUUGUAUUUUAAUUUCUUGUGAAGUAUUCGUAAUCCAUUUUCCUUCAGAACUUACAAGUAUAUUCUGAAGAGGUAUUUAGUAGUAGAGAAUUAAUAAAUGGCAUUGCUAAUUACGCUUUAGAUCUUUAAUGAUUCAAUUUUUAAAACUACCAACAUGCCUUCAUGAUUUUAUUUCUUAUAUUUCAAUAUCACUUUGAGUUUAAUUUUCCGCAAGAAAAAUUUCAGCUUUUAAAAAACAUGUGCAAUAAAAAUAUUGUUUUCUUUUAACCCCCUCACCUACACUUGGAAGCAGAACAUUUGACUCCAUUAAGUACAAGCAUGCAUUAAACCUUUUCAUUCCAAGAUCUAGAUUUGUUACACGUACCCUUUACAAACCUAAUGAAUAAAAUAAUUAAAAUCAAUUUAGAACAGAAGUAAAAUAUUUUUAUAGUACCAAAAAGUAAGAGUUUAUUUUAAAUGUGAAAGAUUCACCUGAUAAUCAGAGGUUAGUGCAGAUAUUUAAAUAAAAUAUAUUAUGUUUAGUAUGUGAUUAAAUUGCUUUUCUCACUUUCAAAGUAUUUUAUACCAGAAUUUGAUAUUUACAUAUCCACGUUCACAGUACAUAUUUCUUUCAAGGUUCCUUUCUUCUAUUUGUACAUGUUUCACGCGAGCAUAUUUCUUCUCUACUUUUCAUUUACCUAUAUUUAUCUGCAUAAGUUUUUGAAAAAUCCAUAACUAAAUGAAAAUUAGCAGUGCCAUUAGAGAUCUUAACAUUGCAAUUGUGCUGAAACUUUUUAUAACAUGUUAACUACUUAAAAGCAUGCGCUGACAUUUCAUAAUCACUUACGUGUUUUAAGACAAGGAUCAAUAACAAUGUUAGCUUUGACAGAUGAUGUAGUCUUAACAUUGUUCAUUUUAUGCAAAUAUGCCUUCGUACAUUAUGCGAGGCAAUCCAUAUAAUUGUACUAUGGAGUCAAGAAAUAAACAUUUGCUAUUGACAUUUGAGCUUUUUCUCAAUCUGAAGUGCACGUCAUCUGGUUCUGCAAGAUGCCGACAAAAAUUCUAUUGUAAAAUUUUCUUUGUUUUAUUAAUGCCGGCCAAAGGCCCCGAAUCCAGUCGUUAAAUAAAGAGUGAGCCAGAUCACAUUUUUCUUUAUUUUUUCGUUCGCGCCUGAACAAACAACACUUCAAGUAGGGCACACAGCGAAUAAGAAAUACAAAUCGUUAAUUUAUUUCAAGGAACUGUUUGAAUAGUCGAAUUUGAAGUAGCCAAAAAUGAAAUCUAUUUGUAAAAAGUUCUUAACAUUCUAAAAAGGCCCAGAAUUUCUAAAGUGUCUUCAAUAACGAGUGGUAACAAGAUCACGUAAUUUAGUAAAAAAUAAUACGUUCUUAUUUAUAUUUAAAAUUAUUGCAAAAUCAAACACCGUUCUUCUAUUUAUGUUCUUAUCCCAAAAUUGCACGAUGAAUAUAUUUCUUGACAGUUUGUGUCAGAAACAGAACGAUAUUUUCUUCACAGCACUGCUACAUUUUCUUACACGGAUUCGAGCAGAAGAAGGUCAUCAGUAUUCUUCAAGUGAUUAUAAACAUAAUUUGAUCUUAAUUUAAUAUUAUUCUAUAAAAUAUGGUUAUAGUUUUAUAAAAUUAACAAUUGUUACACUCAAGUAAUAUUGAUUUUGUGGAUUGCUAAAUUGUACUGGUAAUCAGAAGUAAGUUGUAAAUAUAAAUAAAAUAUAUUUUUAAAUUCUUCGUUAACUUGUUAGAACUGAUGUUAAAAACACUGAAAUAAUCUAUGCAGAGAAUGUAUCUGAAUCAAUAUUUGUUUAUGGUCUUGUAUAAUUAUAGAUUACAGUAUUACAGAAUAAGUUUAAAAUAGGUCCAUUAAAAUAAAUAACAUUUCUAAACUAAGCUAUUUUCUUGCUCCUUGAGUGAACUGAGUCAUUAUUUUCCGAAUCAUUUAGAAUUAAAUGACUUCAAUUAACACCAUUCUGAGCGUGAAGUGACAAG